AUGAGCUGUGGUGCAAAUAUUGUAGGCUAUGUGGCUUGGAGGUCUGUAAAGGCAAGUAAGCUUUUAGACCCUGUUAAGGUAGUGGCCCAAAUUCUGAUGUACCCUUUUUUCAUUGGAACUGUCCCCACAAAAUCAAAGAUUAAACUAGCUAACUCUUACUUCUAUGACAAAGCUAUGUGCUUGCUUGCAUGGAAACUCUUCCUACCUGAAGAAGAAGUGAACCUAAACCACCCAACUGCCAACCCUCUGAUUCCUGGGAGGGGACCACCCAUGAAGUGCAUGCCUCCAACACUGACAGUUGUGGCAGAGCAUGACUGGAUGCGAGACCGAGCCAUUGCUUAUUCAGAGGAGCUCCGGAAAGUUAAUGUGGAUGCGGUCCUUCUUGAUUACAAGGAUGUUGUGCAUGAGUUUGCUACCCUUGAUGUGCUCCUCAAGACACCACAGACCCAAGCCUGUGCUGAGGACAUUGCCAUAUGGGUCAAGAAGUAUAUUUCACUAAGAGGCCAUGAGUUUUCUUAUUGA